AUCAGUGCCUGGCACUGCAGCACGAGUCUCGGUCUGCUCAUUCGAACACGAUUCUGUCGGCAGUCUUGCUGAAUCCGAAGUGGAAGCGUGUGGGCUCCUUUGCAAAGCGACGUGUCACGAGACGGCAAAUUGCACUUUUCAGCCCCAAAUAUCGUGAAAUUGGCCAUCAAAGUUGCGCCAGUCCUGAGCACAGUGGUCGGACUCGCUUCUGAGCUAGAUUCUACGAUCAGUUUCCUGCUGCGACGGGCAUAAACGCGCUUUUUCCUGCGGUACGCGUUCGGUUUUUCCACAGAGUCAAAGUGUGCGUGCAAGCCGAAGCCAAAGGACCACUCUUCGACUAGUUUUACUCAAGUUGUUGGGCCGUUUCCGACCCCCGGUUUUUCUUCUGGAUUAUUCUUCGCUUAUUUCCAGUCAGCCAGACCCUGCCUGGUCUGUUUACUCUAGAAUAAACAAACGAGAAAUGCCGGCUCAGUGUUGUUGACCAUUGAACGUCGCCGCAUCGGUGUGAUGGAGUUUUCUAUAGUUUAGUGUUUUUGUUGUGAGUUUUCAUUUAUUUUUGUUGAUUUGGAUUACGCCGACCGACAUGGAUAUUCUGCCCAGCGUGGACAUCUUCAAGGAGCUGCAGGACAUUAACGAUACCGGCUUCUUCACGGCUAAACCCAGUCUGGAUGAUCAUUGGCAACAGACAUGCUACGAGAUGGAACGCUACCUCAAAGACGAGCCCAAAAUGCAAUCCUACAAAAAAAUCCCGGACAGCGCCAGAUGCAGCUGGUACGAAGUGACCAGCCUGGAGGAGUUUGCCGACCAUCGACUGGAUGGACUGAGCAGUGCGAGUUCGCCCAUCUCCUGGGACGGCGCGCUCAGUUGUGCAGUUUUGGUAAAACAGGAACCGAUCGACGAUGAAGAGGAAGAGGAGGACGACGACUCCUACCACCGGAACGGCGACACCUUGCAACUGAGGCUGGUGACAAGAAACCCAACCACUCUGACACCGCCCUCGAGCCCCGAGUCGGGUCCAGGACACAGCAACGGUAGUUCAAGUGCUGGCGAACUAGACGUGUGCAAUCUUAGACUGACUGGCAGUCACACGAGAAACACCAUCGUUCGCGUGAGGGCCUCCGCGCUGUCCCGAUUCAUCUCCAUGGUACCUCGGGCAGGUACCGCCAAUUCCAACGCAUCCCCCGUAUCUGCUAAGGCUAGGUGAGUUCUGCACACACCUUUUCAGCAGCAGCUAAUAGGAGAACAUAAUCCUUGCGACGUUGCCACCCUUUGCCAAUGAAUAGGCGCGGUCAAUUUCA